CUUUCCAAAUCCACAGGAGGGCUCUACCUUUACCAUGCUGGAGAGAAGCGGCAUCUCUGAAAUAAUUUAAGUAGCCCUUUUUGAAAGCCCAGACAAGUUAAGAGAAUUCACAUCUAAGAUCAAAGCUGUGCUGUUGCAGUGCCACUGGAAUAAAUCUGCUGGGAUUUUCUCUUUUUUUUCCUUACACAAGAACAUCUCUAAUUUCAUCAGCUCUCCUGACUGACAAGCAUCAUUAUGGAUAAAAUUAUCUUGGGUUGCAGAUGGGUUGGAGUCUAUCCCAGUGUCUCGGACCACAGACAGGGGACACCCUCAAUGAAUGGCCAAUAUUAAGCAAGUGCAGUUUGAAUAAAGAUGGCAGAAACUGUGCACAUGAUUGACAGCGAGGUUUUCCUGGCCUUCUCCACAUACGCAACCAUAGUCGUCCUCAAAAUGAUGCUCAUGAGCCUCAUGACCUCAUACUUUCGCUUGACAAAACAGGUUUUUUCAAACUUGGAGGACACCAACUUAGCGAAGACCACAGAAGACAGGAAGAAGCUGGUCAGGGUGGAUCCGGAUGUGGAAAGAGUGCGACGGUGCCAUCUGAAUGACUUGGAAAACAUUGUUCCCUUUGUGGUGAUUGGUCUUCUGUAUGCACUCACGGGGCCUGAUCUCUCCAUGGCUCUGUUGCACUUCCGGGUGUUUGUGGGGUCACGUUUCAUACACACAGUGGCCUAUGUGAUGGCACUGCCCCAGCCUACCAGAGCUCUGGCCUUCGGUGUGGGGCUGUUCAUAACUUUUUCUAUGGCUUACCGGGUGCUCACCACAGCUCUUUUUCUCUAAUGGAUAGCAUUCAGUUCAUUUGAAACCAUUUCGUUUUAAUUUACGUGUUUUUCGCAGUCUUAUGUCAAAGAAAAUGCAUUGAGGAAUUAAUUAUAAUGCUGUUUUUGUGUCACGUUGUUUUAAUUUGCUAAUUUUUUAGUGCAUUUUCUAUUGGAUUUCAGUACCACAGUUCCAUGAAUGCUUUGUAUAGUGUGAAUAAAACUAAAAAUAUGGCUUUACACUGCUGAUAAUAUUUAAUUAAUGUAAUCUUUAACUUCUGACACACAUUUGAGGAUGAGACUACAGCUUUGGCUUGUACUGUACACUAAACAGACAUUUGUUUUUUGUUACUCAUUAAUCCCGAUUAGACGUUGAGCAACAACUUUUGUAUUAAAUAAUGUUGGAGUGUCAGGUAAUUAGGUCUAUGUAGAUUUGUGUGCAUUUAACAGUUUCACAGUAGUUGCAAAGACAAACAAAGGAAAAUGUUUAAUUUGCAAAGCGUCAAUGAAUGACAGCAGAAAGUGUAUUAAUGGAUUUAAUAAAGUUUAAAAAUAAAAAUGAGAAUGUUUCUGACAAGU